AUGUCGAUUUUUGUGGAGAACUUGCUGCCAAGCUGUUUUCUAGCACAAAAGAACCACUUCUCUCCAUCGAGGUGCCUAUUGCUGUUACUUCUUCUUGCUUUGAUUUCAAACAGUGAAGGUCAGACGAGCAAAAUAGUCCUGUCCCUUACACCAUCAGAGAGAGCUGCUCUCAAGGAAGGAAUAAACUUCUUAAGGAACAAAGCAGAUGGAAAGAGUUUCAUCUUAUACAAGGACGGAGACACUGUACGAGCAUGCCAGAACACAUGCAAACACCAGGGAGGGGUGUUUAUUGCAGAUAUUGAAGAUCUAACAGGAAAAUGUGUACGUUGUACUAAACAUAACUGGCGGCUGGAUAUGAGCACAAUGAAAUAUGUUAACCCUCCAGAUAGCUUCAGUCAAGAUGAAUUAGUUGUUGAGACAGACAAAAAUAAUGGAUUGGUAGUUAUUGAGCUGCAUCCUCCAAAUCCAUGGGAUGCAGACCCCAGGCAGGCUGAAGAGCUGGGUUUUGGAGAGGUACAGGUAAACUAUCUAACUCAUGCAUGUAUGGAGCUUGUACUUGGAGACAAAAUAUUUAUAUUUGACCCAUGGCUAAUGGGUCCAGCCUUUGCACGUGGCUGGUGGUUACUUCAUGAACCACCCUGUGACUGGAUGGAAAGGCUUUGUCGUGCUGAUCUCAUCUACAUCAGCCACAUGCAUUCUGAUCAUCUCAGUUACCCUACACUGAAGAAACUAGCCGAACAAAGACCAGAUGUGCCAAUUUAUGUUGGAAAUACAGAACGACCUGUUUUCUGGUACCUUGACCAGAGUGGUGUUAAGCUGACCCAAAUAAAUAUUGUUCCUUUUGGAGUUUGGCAACAAGUGGACCAGAACCUUAGAUUUAUGAUACUGAUGGAUGGUGUUCAUCCAGAGAUGGAUACUUGCAUAAUUGUUGAAUAUAAAGGGCACAAAAUCCUAAAUACAGUGGACUGCACCAGGCCAAAUGGUGGAAAGCUUCCUGAGAAAGUUGACCUUAUGAUGAGUGACUUUGCAGGAGGAGCCUCAGGAUUCCCAAUGACGUUCAGCGGAGGAAAAUUCACUGAGGUAUGGAAAGCCCAGUUUAUUAAGACUGAAAGGAGGAAAUUGCUGAAUUACAAGGCCCAGCUGGUUACCGAUUUAAAGCCAAAAAUCUAUUGUCCUUUUGCAGGAUAUUUUGUUGAAGCUCAUCCUUCUGACAGUUAUAUCAAGGAAACCAACCUUAAAAAUGACCCAGAAGAAUUGAACAGAUUAAUAAAAAAGAAAUGUGCUGAUGUUUUCACGUGGACACCAAAACCGGGAGCGACUUUGGAUUUAGCAAGGAUUCUCAAAGAUCCAACUGAUAGUAAAGGAAUUAUGGAUCCUCCUGCAGGGACAAAAGUUUUCAAAGAGUUGUGGGACUUCAAACCAUACAUUGAUUCUCUCAGUGCUGCAAUUGAUGAUGAGAUAUUUUGCUAUCCCUCCUGGAUAAAAGAAUACUAUGUGUGGGCUGGAUUUAAAGGCUACAACCUUGUAAUAAGAGUGAUAGAAACUGAUGAUGAUUUCAACCCUUUGCCUGGAGGCUACAACUAUUUGGUGGAUUUUUUAGACUUAACAUUCCCAGCAGAGAGACCAAGCCGUGACUCUCCAUAUGAAGAGAUCAAAGCCCGAGUCAGUGUCAUGAGACAUGUAGUGAAGCAUGGAUUGCUCUGGGAUGACCUCUAUAUAGGAUUCCAAACUCGGCUACAACGUGACCCUGACAUAUAUCACCAUCAGUUUUGGAACCAUUUCCAAAUAAAACUACCUCUGACGCCACCUGAUUGGAAGUCUUUCUUGGCACAGCUCAAGAGUAUCUGAAAUAGAAAUGAAAAGGCACUCACUUUACAGCUGUUAAGUGACAUGGCUGAUAAAAAUGUCAUUGUAUAAAUGCUUGAUUUUACUGCUUGAGACAGUAUAAUAAAUUUUUAUAUGCAUAUUAUUUAUAUGUGAAUAUAUUCUGACAUAAUGAUGGAAUAAUUGUUGCCUCCUCCAAUCAUAACAGUUUAAAAUACAGAAAAAGAGAGGAAACAUAAAUAAUGUCACCAGUGAACAUUGUAGAUGUCUGCUGCACCCUCUAAUGGUUGUAUUUGUUCUUGAUACAUGUUUUCAAGUCAUUUCUGACCCAUUGUGACACUAAGACCAACCUAUCACAGAGUUUUCUUGGGCUGAGAGUGUGAAGACGGAAUUUCAGCUGGUGCUGCUUUUUACUUGGUUACAUGAGUGAAGCCCCUCCAAUUUUCAUUGUGUCAAUCCCCUUCAAUUUUCGGGUUUUCUAGUACUGUCUGUACUGAUGAGUUCUAUAUCUAAUUACAAAAAACCAAACAGAUUACAUGUCCAUUUCUCUGUGCUUCCUUUUUUUUGUCAUACUGAAAAUUAUAGGUAGCUGUC